AUGAAUCUUGCAAGACACUCCAUCUCGUCUACGAACCCCAUCCAUAUCCUCGACACUCACUUUGACCCAGAUUGUAAGAUCUUCACAGCUUCAACACCUGAAGGAUUCGCGAUAUAUCGCACUUGGCCUCUCAAACUCCUUCAGAAACAUGAGUUAACCGGUGGGACACUCGCUGCUGCCUUUCCUUUGCAUACGACCAAUCUGCUCUUCCUCUUGGGUGGUGGUAGGAGUCCACUCUAUCCUCCAAACAAAGUGAUCGUGUGGGACGAUGCGCUUGGCAAGGAAGUCGCAGAACUGGAGUUCAGGGAGCGAGUUCGGGGGCUCACAUGUAGACGUGGUUGGCUUGCCGUUGCAUUGCGACGAAGAGUCGUUGUCUUUCAAGUCGGUGAACAGUUUAAGCGACACGCGGAAUGGGAUACUUGCGAUAACCCACGAGGUCUUCUUGCAAUUGCAACGGCCCCUUUCUCGACACUGCUGGCGAUUGCUGGGCGUCAAACAGGCCACGUCCAACUAAUCCAUCUACCCCCAUGUCCUCCGCCUGUCACGAAGGGUCCGCCGUCUUCAUCGCCACCACGGAGACCACCACCACCACCCACGAAACAUCCAGUAUCCAUUAUUGUCGCUCAUACAACGGCGUUGACAACGUUGACGUUACCUCCAUCAGGCCGUCUUCUUGCUACGACGUCUUCCCGUGGGACCCUUGUACGAAUAUGGGAUUCAUACACUGGCAAGCUUGUCCGGGAAUUACGCAGGGGAACGGAUAAGGCUGAAAUUUACGGUGUUGCAUUUCGACCUGAUGAGGAAGAACUCUGUGUUUGGAGCGACAAAGGAACCGUGCAUAUUUUUACUCUUGUGGUAUCGGGUGCCUCGAACCGACAAUCAACGUUCUCACCGCUGACACCGUUUCUACCCCUCCCUAAAUACUUCGAGUCCGAGUGGUCGUACGCACAGUACCGAAUACCCGUGCAAUCGUCACACAUAUCAUUAUCGUCAGCGUCGCGAUCAUCCGCAGCUGAUCUUCCAGACGAGGAACGAUGCGUUGUUGGUUGGAUUGAUGUUUCCACCGAAGACAAACCCACUCCGACCCGUGCACCUGAAUAUCAACUCAUUGCUUUGACCUACACAGGCGGAUGGUAUCGUUUGUCCCUCCCGCCGGCUAAGAAGUCAUCAUCUUCUACUGGGGCCAGCCCACUCGCCGGCAGCUCGCCUCCAAGGUCCGCACCCUUGGUACGACCGCGAACAUCUAGCGCCUCGUCGACAAUCAGCCGUUUGGACAAAGGGAAGGAGAAGGAGCGAGACAAGAAGGAGAAGGACACUACGAAUUGCAUUUUGGAGGAAUAUCGCAAGUUUGGUAGGUGGGAUGGCUGGGGCUAG